UCUAAGUCUUCUUAGGUCUUGAUGGCAGACAGCAGCUUUGUAAGGUUUAACAAAAAUAGAGCUUUAACUGUGACAGAUAAAAUGGAGUGAUUGUAUCUGAGGGAUAUUUCUUUCUUCCUUCAGGUGAAGGUGUUGUUUGCUGGACAGGACAUUGACAGAAGCCCUUUCCUAGUAAAUGUGUCUAAAGCACUGGGAGACCCGAACAAGGUGCAGGCCCGUGGGCCAGGUUUGGAACCGGUGGGCAAUGUGGCCAAUAAACCCACCUAUUUUGACAUCUACACAGCAGGUGCAGGAGCAGGCGAUGUCGGUGUGAUCAUUGUGGACUCUCAGGGCCGCAGAGACACAGUGGAGAUCAUUCUGGAAAACAAGGGCGACAGUGUUUUCCGCUGCACAUACGGCCCCAUUUUGGAGGGCCCUCACACUAUAUAUGUGACAUUCGCUGGCCAGCAGAUACCCAGAAGCCCUUUCACUGUCCACAUCUCAGAGGCUCCUCCGAGCGGCCGGCAGAUCGGCUCCCCGGUUCACAUAAUCCCUCAGUCUAUACGCACGCCGCCCUCAGAAAAGGCCAAGAAAAUGCCUCCCCCAACACCACCCAAACCCAGGCGACCAACAAGCAACCCGAAUGCCUGUCGGGCCAUCGGGCGCGGCCUGCAGCCCAAGGGUGUGCGUGUGAAGGAGGUGGCCGACUUUAAGGUGUACACGAAGGGAGCAGGCAGUGGAGAACUACGUGUUCAAGUCAAAGGGCCAAGAGGUGGCGAUGAGCCUGUGAAGGUGCAAGAGCUGGGAGACGGUGUGUAUGAAUGUGAUUACUACCCCAUUUUCACUGGAAAAUACAUUAUCACCAUUACUUGGGGUGGCCACGCCAUUCCCCGCAGCCCAUUUGAGGUGGUCAUAAGUGAAGAUGCAGGCCCUCAGAAGGUGAGGGCUUGGGGUCCAGGCUUGGAGACGGGCAUGGUUGGCAAAUCAGCUGACUUUGUGGUCGAGGCCAUUGGCACUGAGGUUGGAACUUUGGGUUUCUCCAUCGAAGGCCCCUCACAGGCUAAGAUAGAGUGUGAUGAUAAGGGAGAUGGAUCUUGUGAUGUUUUGUACUGGCCCACUGAGCCUGGUGACUAUGCGGUCCAUGUCAUCUGUGAUGAUGAAGAUAUCAAAGACAGCCCAUUUAUGGCCCACAUCCUCCCUGCAGCCAAUGAUGUCUUUCCUGAGAAGGUUAAGUGCUACGGCCCUGGGCUAGAACCAACCGGGUGCAUUGUAAACAAACCUGCUGAAUUUACAAUUGACGCCCGUGGAGCUGGAAGAGGACAUCUACAGAUUUACGCUCAGGACUCAGAAGGCUUCCCCAUCGACAUCCAGAUCACAGAUAAUAGUGACAGCACAUAUUUCUGCAUCUACAUACCCACCAAGCCCAUCAAACACACUAUCAUCAUCACCUGGGGAGAGGUCAACGUUCCCAACAGUCCAUUCAGGGUGACCAUUGGAGAAGGCAGUCACCCAGAGAACGUGAAGGUUCAUGGACCAGGAGUGGAGAAGACUGGCUUGAAGGCCAGUGAACCCACAUACUUUACUGUGGAUUGCAGUGAGGCCGGACAAGGAGAUGUCAGCAUUGGGAUUAAGUGUGCUCCUAGCGUGGUGGGACCUGCCGAAGCAGAUAUUGAUUUUGACAUCAUUAAAAAUGACAACGACACAUUCACAGUGAAGUAUACGCCCCCUGGAGCAGGACGCUACACCAUCAUGGUGCUAUUUGCUGAUCAAGAAAUUCCAAUCAGCCCCUUCCGUAUUAAAGUUGAUCCAUCCCAUGAUGCCAAUAAAGUGAAGGCAGAGGGUCCUGGACUCAACAAGACAGGUGUGGAAGUGGGCAAGCCGACCCACUUCACGAUCUACACUAAAGGAGCAGGCAAGGCCACACCUGAGGUUCACUUCACCACAGCUGGGAAAGGAGAAGCCGUCAGUGACUUUGAGAUCAUCGAUAACCACGACUAUUCUUUCACUGUGCGUUACACUGCGUUACAGCAGGGUAACAUGAGCAUAUCUGUGUGCCAUGGUGGUGACCCCAUCCCCAAAAGCCCUUUUACCAUCACUGUUGCUCCUCCUUUGGAUCUCAACAAGGUCAAAGUUCAAGGACUCAACAACAAAGUCGAUGUAGGGAAAGAUGAGGAGUUUACCAUUAACACACGUGGUGCGGGAGGUCAAGGAAAGGUGGACGUCAAGAUUACCUCACCUUCUCACCGGCCAAUCCCGUGCAAGGUUGAAUCUGGAGCAUCCAAUGAGGUGCACACUGUUAAAUACAUUCCCCCGGAAGAGGGGCCCUACAAAGUGGACAUCAGCUAUGAUGGAAACCCCGUGCCUGGAAGUCCUUUCACGGUGGAGGGAGUGAUGCCUCCAGAUCCCUCAAAGGUACGAGCCUACGGCCCUGGCCUAAAGGGAGGUAUUGUGGGUAAACCCGCUCCAUUUGCCAUCGACACCAAAGGUGCAGGUACAGGGGGUCUUGGGCUGACUGUGGAGGGUCCGUGUGAAGCCAAGAUUGAGUGCCAGGACAAUGGAGACGGAUCUUGCUCAGUAUCCUAUCUGCCCACUGAGCCUGGAGAGUAUUCCAUCAACAUCCUGUUUGCUGAUGCUCACAUCACUGGUUCUCCCUUCAAAGCCAUGGUGCAGUCUGUCUUUGACCCCAGCAAGGUCACAGCUAGUGGACCAGGGCUGGAGAGAGGAAAGGUCAACGAAGCGGCAUCGUUCACGGUGGACUGCUCUAAAGCAGGCGAGGCGGAGUUGACCAUCGAGAUUAUUUCAGAUUCAGGAGCGCAGGCUGAGGUUCGUGUCCAGAAUAACAGCGAUGGAACAUAUUCUAUCACCUACAUCCCUCCUUUCCACGGAAUGUACACCAUCACGAUUAAAUAUGGAGGACAUGCAGUGCCGAAGUUCCCUGCAAGGGUGCAGAUAGAUCCUGCUCUCGAUACAAGUGGAAUCAAGGUCUACGGUCCAGGAGUGGAACCCAGAGGGGUGCUCCGAGAGGUCACUACACACUUUGUCGUUGACACUCGGGUUCACAGCAAGAUGGGUGGAAACCACAUCAAAGUUCGUAUUGUUAAUCCAUCGGGUGCCAACACUGAUGCGUACAUCACUGACAAAGGAGAUGGCACUUAUAGAGUGGAGUAUACAGCAUAUGAGGAUGGUGUGCAUCUGAUAGAGGUGCUGUAUGAUGACGUACCUGUCCCCAAGAGCCCGUUUAGGGUGGCGGUAACCGAAGGUUGUGAUCCCAGCCGUGUACGUGCCUACGGUCCUGGUCUGGAAGAGGGUCUGGUCAACAAACCCAACCGCUUCACUGUGGAGACCAGGGGUGCUGGCACGGGUGGUCUCGGAUUGGCCAUUGAGGGUCCAUCAGAAGCUAAGAUGUCUUGUAAAGAUAACAAAGAUGGCAGCUGUAGCGUGGAGUAUAUUCCUUUCACUCCUGGAGAAUAUGACGUCAACAUCACUUUCGGAGGUCUGCCUAUCCCAGGUAGCCCAUUCAGGGUACCUGUGGGGGAGCUGGUGGAUCCAAGUAAGGUGAAGUGUUCUGGUCCUGGUUUGGGAAGUGGAGUAAGAGCCCACGUCCCUCAAACCUUCACCGUGGACUGCAGCAAAGCUGGACUCGCCCCACUAGAGGUGCUUCUGUAUGAACCCACAGGGUUGACAGAGCCAGUGAAUAUCACAGACAACGGUGAUGGCACACACACGGUGAUCUACACUCCUGCUAAAGAUGGACCUUACACUGUGUGUGUCAAAUAUGCAGACCAAGAAGUGCCACGCAGUCCAUUUAAGAUCAAGGUGUUGCCUGCACAUGAUGCCAGUAAAGUUCGUGCCAGCGGUCCCGGACUGAACGCUUCUGGCGUUCCCGCCAGCCUGCCGGUGGAGUUCACCAUCGAUGCCCGUGACGCAGGCGAGGGUCUUCUCACUGUACAGAUACUGGGUCCGGAUGGGUGCAGGCAGGAGGCCUCUGUGUUUGUGGAGGACUGGGGUAGGAGGGUGUGGGAGAACCACAUUGUAAAGGGCACCAUCCCCUUCCAUAUUCUUAGGAAAGGAUGUGACCCAGAAGGAAAACCAAAGAAAGCCAACAUUCGAGAUAACAAAGAUGGAACAUACACCGUGUCCUACGUCCCAGAUAUGACAGGACGCUACACUAUUACAAUAAAAUAUGGUGGAGAUGAGAUCCCAUACUCACCCUACCGCAUACAUGCGCUGCCUUGUGGAGAUGCCAGCAAAUGCCUUGUGACAGUGUCAAUUGGGGGACACGGAUUGGGCUCUGGGCUCGGACCCACUAUUCAAAUCGGCGAGGAGACCGUUAUCACUGUGGAUGCAAAGUCUGCUGGGAAGGGGAAGGUCACCUGCAAAGUGUCAACUCCAGACGGGGCGGAGCUAGACGUGGAUGUGGUGGAGAACGCGGACGGGACAUUUGAUAUCUAUUAUACUGCUCCAGAGCCUGGGAAAUACGUCAUAACCAUUCGCUUUGGAGGAGAGCACAUUCCUAACAGCCCCUUCCAUGUGGUGGCAUCUCAUACCAUCCCUAUAAUCGAGGAACCAUGUGAUAAACUACAGUUACAGCAGCCCUACGCCCCCUAUCAGGGCUACACCCCUCACUGGGCCACGGAGGAACCAGUCACUGCAGUGGAUGCCAUGGAGCCAAUGCUCCGCCCGUUCAAUCUGGUCAUUCCAUUUACUGUGCAAAAGGGGGAGAUUACAGGUGAGGUACAUAUGCCCUCUGGUAAAACCGCCUGUCCCCACAUCACUGAUAACAAGGACGGGACUGUGACGGUCAAAUACGCCCCCACUGAGAAGGGCCUACAUGAGAUGGACAUCAAAUAUGACGGGAACCACAUACCAGGAAGUCCGCUGCAGUUCUAUGUGGAUGCCAUUAACAGCGGGCAUGUGAAUGCAUACGGCCCUGGUCUGAGUCACGGCAUGGUCAACAAACCCGCCACCUUCACAAUCGUCACUAAGGACGCUGGAGAAGGUGGUCUGUCUUUGGCAGUGGAAGGCCCUUCUAAAGCAGAGAUCAGCUGUAAGGAUAAUAAAGAUGGCACCUGCACUGUGUCCUACCUGCCAAUGGCCCCAGGAGACUAUAAUAUAAUCGUCAAGUUUGAUGACAAGCACAUCGCUGGAAGCCCCUUUACCGCCAAGAUCACAGGUGAUGACUCCAUGAGGACGUCUCAGCUGAACGUUGGCACAGCCACAGACGUGUCACUGAAGAUCACAGAGACGGACCUGAGCUCCCUGACCGCGAGCAUCAGAGCCCCAUCUGGCAACGAGGAGCCCUGCCUGCUGAAGAGACUGCCAAACCGACACAUCGGAAUAUCCUUCACUCCUAAAGAGGUGGGUGAGCAUGUGGUCAGCGUGAAGAAGAAUGGAAAACACGUGACCAACAGCCCAUUCAAGAUCAUGGUGGGCCAGUCUGAGAUCGGAGAUGCCAGUAAGGUGAAGGUGUUUGGGAAAGGACUGAUUGAAGGACACACCUUUGAAGUGGCUGAGUUCAUUGUGGACACCAUAAGUGCAGGUUAUGGAGGUCUCGGUCUGUCCAUCGAGGGGCCCAGCAAAGUUGACAUUAACUGUUCGGAUGUGGAAGAUGGAACCUGCAAAGUGACCUACUGCCCAACCGAACCCGGAACUUACAUCAUCAACAUCAAAUUUGCCGACCAACAUGUGCCAGGAAGUCCAUUUACAGUGAAGGUUCUGGGCGAGGGAAGAAUGAAGGAGAGCAUCACCAGAAAGAGGCAGGCGCCCUCUAUUGCCACGGUGGGCAGCACUUGCGACCUCAACCUCAAGAUUCCAGGGAACUGGUUUCAGAUGGUGUCGGCCCAAGAGCGGUUCACGCGUACCUUCACCUGCAGCAGCCACACCUACACACGAACCGAACGCACCGAGAUCAGCAAGACCCGCGCGGGCGAGACCAAACGGGAAGUGCGGGUGGAAGAGAGCACCCAGGUGGGGGGCAACCCCUUUAGGGAUGUUUUCGGUGGAUUCCGGGGCAGGGAGAGCCGGGGACCCUUCAGCAGCGCCCAGGGCCGACAAUCAGAGGGGGAAUCAGGUAUGCAGGAAAUGACCGCACAGGUGACGAGUCCCAGUGGCAACACAGAGGACGCUGAGAUCAUAGAGGGAGAGGACAGCACCUAUAGUGUGCGUUUUGUGCCUCAGGAGAUGGGCCCCCACACUGUCAAUGUCAAAUACAGGGGACAGCAUGUCCCCGGAAGCCCCUUCCAGUUCACUGUGGGGCCCCUGGGAGAGGGAGGGGCCCAUAAGGUUCGGGCUGGUGGUACUGGACUGGACAGAGGUGUGGCUGGAGUUCCAGCUGAGUUCAGUAUCUGGACCCGUGAGGCCGGCGCUGGCGGUUUGUCCAUAGCUGUUGAGGGGCCCAGCAAAGCAGAUAUUUCCUUUGAGGACAGAAAGGAUGGUUCCUGUGGGGUGGCCUAUGUAGUGCAGGAACCUGGUGACUAUGAGGUGUCAAUCAAAUUUAACGACGAGCAUAUCCCAGACAGCCCUUUCACAGUUCCUAUUGCAUCAGUGUCAGAUGACGCCCGCCUGCUUACCGUCACCAGCCUGCAGGAGAUGGGUCUGAAGGUGAAUCAAGAAGCCUCGUUUGCCGUGCAGCUGAACGGAGCGAGAGGGGCGAUUGAUGCUAAGGUUCACACACCAUCUGGAGCAGUGGAGGAGUGUUACAUCACUGAGCUAGACAAUGAUAAACACGCCAUACGGUUUAUUCCACGGGAGAACGGCGUCCACUCCAUCGAUGUCCGUUUUAACGGGAGUCACAUCCCAGGCAGUCCCUUCAAGAUCCGUGUAGGAGAACCCGGCCAGGCAGGAGAUCCAGGAAUGGUGACGGCUUUUGGGCCCGGACUGGAGGGGGGAACUACAGGUGUAGCGUCAGAUUUCAUUGUAAACACGUGUAACGCUGGCUCAGGAGCUCUGUCGGUCACCAUCGACGGCCCAUCGAAGGUGAAGAUGGAUUGUCAGGAGUGUCCAGAAGGAUACAAGGUCACCUACACACCCAUGGCUCCCGGCAGCUACCUCAUCUCCAUCAAAUAUGGAGGACCGCAGCAUAUCGUGGGCAGCCCCUUCAAAGCCAAAGUCUCUGGUGCACGUCUCUCCGGAGGACACUCUCUACACGAAACGUCAUCGGUUCUGGUGGAAACGGUCAUGAAAUCGUCCUCAGUGGCCGGAUCUUUCUCUACUCUGCCAAAGUUCUUGUCUGACGCUAGUAAGGUGAUCUCCAGGGGGGCCGGACUCUCCAAAGCCUUCAUUGGCCAGAAGAACACCUUCACAGUGGACUGCAGUAAAGCAGGGACAAACAUGUUAAUGGUAGGAGUGCACGGGCCAAAGACUCCCUGUGAGGAAGUGUACGUCAAACACAUGGGCAACAGAAUGUACAAUGUCACAUACACAGUGAAGGAGAAAGGCGACUACAUCCUGAUAGUCAAAUGGGGCGAAGAAAUGGUGCCCGGAAGCCCUUUCCACGUCACCGUGCCUUAAAGACUGUCUUUAGACCCUCUCCUCUAUGCAAAGACUCUACUGAUCGUCCUGGGAAAGAGACGGGACUCACCGACAAUGCCUUUUCAUGACAUAUUAAUCAAGAAAACCGCUUCUAUAUCUGCAUACGCUUUAUCCAAAGUCCAUUAUGUGCUCAUUUCACACUCGGUUAUGUACCGUCAUUUUUUUGUAUUCUGUUAUUUUAGAUGUUGUGAGACUAGACAAUGUUUGAAUAAUGAAAUGCUAAUUUGAAGACGCUUCGUGCUGAAUCACAUCCAUCUUGUAACCAGUGAAGUUACUGUCCGGACCAUUUACAGACAGCUGAAUUAUUUUAUCCUUUUUUUUUUUUAAUCUAAUGCUAAAACUGGUCUUAUUUUUGUGAUGGAAUAACACUAUUUAGUCUGGACUAGGUUUGAAGCCAGUCCUAAUCAAGGGUUUAGUUUGAGCGGAGAAAGCCUGAUAUUUAAGUCCUAGUGGACAAGGUUCAGACUCACGCUGGGUCUAAACCGGUCCCGGGUGGCCCAGCACCCCUGCAGACUGGGUUGUGUGAUUGGUUAGAUUUUUUUGUACCAAGCGGUGUAGCAAAAACCGUUCAGCAUGUGAAUGUUUGAAAUCCCACAGUUUUUACAGUGACUAUGUUAAAGAGCAACAUUUUAUAGUGAUUUUAUAUGUAUGAAUUUAAAAUAGAAAUGUAUGGUGAAACACUAAUUGUUUGAUAUUUUAAUCUACUGUUUGGUAAAACU